GUUAAAUUUCUACUUCCUGUCCCAUAAUGCAUCAUUCUCCUUCCAAGAUGGCUGACUUGUCUUCUGCAAAAAAGAAGAGAAAAACAAACUUUAAUAAAAAUGAAGUUUUGAUGUUAGAGGAACUUAUGAGUGUAGAAGAAACUAAAGAGCUACUUAGCUCUAGCUUUAGUAACAAGGUUACAAAUCAGAAAAAAAGAAGAAUGGCACCGAAUUGCUGGAAUAAUUUCCUCUUUGGGCUUUGCCAUAAGAUCUGCAGAAGAAGUAUCAAACAAAUGGCAGAAUAUAAAAAGAAUUGCAAAGGAAGAGGUGACAAGCUGCAGAGACGCGAGAGUGGUAGGGGCUUGGCAAGUCUAAAGGUUGCAUCGGAGCAAUCACAGAGGAUUGUCUCUGUUCAUGGCAAUGCAAGCUUCAGCGGCAUAACAGGAGGGACGGACACUGACGAAAAUGAUGGUUUGAGCUAUAUUGCUAACAUCCCAUCAGUGGUCCCACAGGAGGGAGAGGAGCCCUCUGAUUUCGAGCCAACAUGCCCAACUAAAGUGAAACAGGACCCCUGCACCUCGAGCUUACGGGCAAAGUUUGCAGGGAGAGCUUCUGUACCAAAGCGGAAGAAACCCCUAAGCGAGGAGGUUGCCGAGUGGCAAAUUCGUUUCUUCAAAUCUCAGGUGGCAUUGUUAGAGAAGAAGCAAAAGCUGGUUGAGACACAGCAACGGGUACUAGAGAAAUAUGAGAGGCGUAUGGACAACGAGGACGUUGACUCUUUCAUAAAAAGCCAAUUUUUGAAUUAAAUUAAAUUUAAUUGUAUUGUAUUGUAAAUAGAUAAAUGAUAUAUGUAAAAAUGAAAACGAACAAAACGAACAGUUAAAGCUAUUCUUUAUUACAGCAUGAUGAUGAUGA